AUGAAGUCUCACCCCUUGUUCUGGAAAUCCUUCUCUGACUUCAUUGAUGAGCUCGAUGGCAUCAAGGAGAUCAUUCAGGGAAGUGACUUCCUGGCCCUGGAUUUGGAGUUCACUGGCCUACGGAAGUCAAUGUCUGGGGGAUUGAAGAACAACCUUUUUGACUCCAUCUCUGACCGACUGAAAAAAAUGCAGGAAAAUAUGAUGGAAUUUCUAGUCCUACAAGUUGGUCUCUGUGCCUUUCAUUGGGUUCCUGAAGCAAGAAAAUGGAAAUACUAUGCGUACAACUUCAAUGUCUUCCCCUCUGCAGAACAUGGAGACCUUACCUUUCCUUGUCAGGUUGAAACCAUGAAGUUUUUGCUUGAACAUGGCUUUGAUUUCAAUAGAGUGAUUUUAGAGGGCAUUCCAUUUUUAAGACCUGAUCGAGAGGAGAAGGCCAAGAGAUCAUUCUUUUUGAAACAGAAGGCCAUCCUGGGCCAAGGACCAUCACCACAGAGAGUGUCUGUCCCUGAAAAGUUGAAGCCUCUCAUUGUUGCCAUCAGUGAGAGGGUCAAGAACUUCCUGGAUGACCCUGAUGCAGGACAAGAAUUAAACUUGGGUGACUUCACUGCAUAUCACAGAAAGCUCAUCUAUGAAGAGAUUCAUGAACGAUUUCAAGGCCAAAUGUGGGUGGAGAGUGUGCCUGGGAAAGCAGGAGAGACAGAAAUCUUGCUGCAUCGAGGAAAGGAAGGUCUGGAAAAUUGGGGGAAGGAGCCAUGGAAGAAACUACAAAAUGCCUUUGAAUUCAGGAAGCUGAUUGAUUUCAUCUCAUCAUCUGAGAAGCUGUUGAUUGGGCAUAAUAUGCUCCUUGAUCUCCUUCACUUGGAAGAGAAGUUCCAUCAAGACAUCCCUCAGGAGUAUGGUGAGAUGAAACAUUUGCUUCACACCCGCUACCCAAAGAUCCUAGAUAUGAAACUGGUUGCUGAAUGGGGUGAACUGGCCGACUUGUUCAUGGAUUCUUCCCUGAAGUGCAUGGCUAUCAGACUCUCAAAGGAGCCAUUUCAGUGUGCAGCUGUAGCACCUGGGAAUGAAGUCAGUGCUCGUUAUGAGAAGAAGGAGGCCUUCCAUGAAGCUGGAUAUGAUGCCUUUCUCACAGGGCAGAAUUUUCUCAGUGUUCUUCAGUACCUGAAUCACAUGGAUAGUAUGGUCUUGGAGGUCUCAUUUAAGAGCUGCCUCUUUCCCCUGGCCCUUGACUUCACUCCCAAAUCCUCUUUGACAAUCCUCCUGACUGUCCUCUUGCUCACGUUCGUUUCCUUGGCCAUCCUCCUCAUGGACCGGAUGGGGUUGAGCUGGAUUUUUCCUUUUAUCGCUCUGAUCGUCGCCGGAGUCCUUGCUGAACAUGGCCUUCCACUUCCAGGCUUCCUCUUGACAUUGCCCGUGGCCUUAAAUUUGUUGAGGACCUUGUACACAGUAACCCUGUGGAUGUUCAGGGCCUUGGCAAUCUCGGUGGGUGUCUUCCCAGCGCUGAACAUAGCAAUACCAGAUGUUCCUUAUAUCAAUCUUGCUGGACCAGAUAUGAGCCCAGAUCGCAGCCAUGUAUUUCACCUCAAAAUGCCAUCAUCCUGGAAAAAUCAGGAUAUUGAAGAGCUCUUCUCUGCAGUUGGACCAGUCCAGAUUGCAUGGAUUGAUGACACAUCAGCCUAUAUUGCCCUGAAGAGGCGUGAAAUGGCAGCUGAAGCACUCACAGCAAAAAUACCCCAUAAUGAUAGUCUCUAUCAAGUCACUACUUAUGCAGACUUUUGUGCUGAAUCCCUAUUUGAUUGCAAGAGGAGAGGGGAGAAGCGACAAAAACUUGAAGAGAUCAAUUCAUGAGGCUCUUCCCUGAUAUUCAGUCCAUACCACAUUUGGCAAAUGAGAGAUCUCGGUCAAAGU